UCACCCGUCUGUGGAUUAACAUUAGAAGUUCCUUCAUUAUUGUCAAACUGCACGUUUUUCUUUUUUCGGUAAUAUUUUCGCAUGUAUUCUUUACACUUUUCUUUAUUAUUUUCUUUAUAUAUUUUUUGUUUUUCCAGUAACGUCUCCCUAUUUUUUUGGUAGUAAAUUUUCCCAUCUUUUUUCUGCUUAUUUUUAUGAAUUUUAGAGUAAUUACGGCUAUAUUCCUUUAUCUUUUCCUUAUUUUUUUCUCGGUAAUUUCGUCUACGUUCAAGCACUUUUUCUUUAUUCUUUUCAUAGUAAUUUCGACAAUUUUCACGAUACUUUUCUUUAUUUUUUUGGUAAUAUUCUUGAUGAUAUUCUCUUUUGUUAAACACUUUUUUCUCUCCAUCUAUGUCCUUUUUUGUUAA